AUGNUAGCUGAACUACAUGGACUAGAUGAUUUAACUGAAGAGGUUGCCACCGUUCAUCCUUUACAACAACAACCAGUCUAUGGAGGGGAUAGUUUACUUAGUACAAUACAGAGCCGAAUACAGAUCUACCGUGAGGCCGAGAAUAUAGCAAACUACAAUGGAGAGACUAGCAAGGCCCGUAGGUUUAACCGGGGCACAAAAACUCUUCAGGAGUUGGAGCGGGCUGUUCGUGCUGGUCAACCGGUCAGUGAAGACGAUAUUCCUCCUCAGAUUAGCGUGGGCCGGAGAAGAGAACCAGAAGAGUCUGUACCAGCCCUACCCCCUGCUUCUAAUCCAGAGGAACCUGUCCUCCGGCGAGCCCCUCCGCCCCCGCCUCGGAAAAUAACUCCGCCUCUUGAGGAGGCUUUUCCGUCCAUCCCGCCAUCACAAGCAUCGAUAGUAGAAGAUCGGCGGAAAGAGCUGAAGGCCUUGGCCAUGGCGGCUAAAAAUAAUGGAGACAAGAACUCAGCUAUUGAGUACAUGCGACGGAUAAAGUACUGUGAUCAGCUGAUUGUACAACUACAGUCAGAUGCUAGUGUUGAUAUAAGCAACUUACCAGGAUUGGUUCUUGAAAGUGAUGGUGCAGGUGUCCAGGCUGCUAGUGGAGGUGGAAGUGGAGUAGUUGGAGUAGGACAGGGAGCCGGUGGAGGAGUAGAAGUAGGAGUUGUUCAGCAAUCAUCUAAUAAUAUCACUCAGGUGAAUUUUGGAACUAUUUUUACAAAGAAAAAAAUAAAUUUUGGAUUACCCUCAAAAGAUGAAACUUCAGACUUCUUUAUUCCCAUGCAAUUUUGUCUUUUUUGGUUUAGUAUAAAAGAGUCUCUGGAGCAGAGGUUGGAUAUAUACAAGGCGGAGGAAACUAGAGCUAAGGCGGAGGGAAACAGUUCAAAGGCUAGAAGAAUGGGUCGUAUUGUGAAGCAGUAUCAAGAGGCAUUGAAACUUUUAGCUGCUGGGCGACCUAUUCCAAGAGAAGAGCUGCCUGAUCCACCAGGAUAUGCUCCUAUACCCCUCACAAACCAUCCAGGUACUGGAUAUAUUGUUAUCUAUGUUUCUCCAGGUGGAAAAGUAAGUAGACAGACCUCCAUGAUGUCCCUGCAGGAGAAGCAGCUGAUGGGGUUGGAGAAGCGGCAGAAGUUGUUUAAAGAAGCUGCUUUACAGGCUAAGCAGCAGGGUCAGACUGAUAUGGCCCGGGAAUACCUGAAACAAGCUCUUAGUAUAAAUAAACUCAUAGAGGUAAGCAAGGCGGGACUACCUGUAGACAUGACCACACUCCCUGUACCACCUCAGAUGCAGGUGAAAACAAAUAUGGAUUUUGAGAUUCUCAGCAAAGAGGAUUGUCAGGUUACUGGAGAUAGAGAAGAAAUGUUUAGUAAACUUGAACAGGAUCUUAUUGCCCAGGUGAAAAUGUGUAUGUCGAACAGGACCUAUUUCAAGGAGGUUGGGGAGGUCUCCAGUGCAAAUAAGUUUGAACAGAUGGCAGUGCACUCUAAGAAGGAUCUUGAUGCUGUCAGAUUUGCGUUCAAGCGAGGGGAUGUAGUUCCUCAGUUUCAUUACGAGACCAGAGCUUUCAGUCGGAUUGUGAGUUUUACAGAGUUAACAGAUAAUGAUCUAGAGCUCACAAUUAUAGCCGGAAUUAAUUACGUUGUUAAGAAUCCUAAGGAUGUGGACACUUAUGUAAAAUGGGAAUUUCCAUUCCCGCGAGAGACCCCAGUCAUCGAUAAAACCGCAGUCAUUAAGGAUACCAACAAUCCAGCUUACGACUCUAAGUUCAUGCUGGUGGUAAACCCUAGGGAUAAAACGUUUCAACGUGUUGUAAAAAGAGCUGCAUUAAAACUAGAGGUUUGGAGUAAGGGUGGGUUCCUAAGAUCGGAUACUCUGCUUGGUACAGCAAAUAUUAAACUUGCAACACUUGAGACUCGAUGUGAGAUCCAUGAUAGUUUUGAUCUUUAUGACGGAAGGAAACCUGUUGGAGGGAAGGUUGAGGUACGGCUACGACUACGGAAUCCAAUUAUAUCUAAACAGAUAGAGCAGGCCCAAGAGAAAUGGUUGGUUGUCAAAUUCUAAACAUCGAUAUUGGAUACAUGUAAAUACAGGGUGUCCCAAUGAACAUUGCUAUUGGAUACAUUUAAUUACAGGGUGUCUCAAUAAACAUGGAUAUUGGA